AUGGGAGAGUCAAUUGAAAAAAUCUGUGGAGGUCUUGCUAGAGCUUUCCAGGAGGUAGAUGAUGAUUUUGUCUCUCUAGUGACUAUAAUUGAAAUGUAUAACGAGCAAGUGAACUCUGAAAAAUCCGUAAAAGAAAAGGAACUUUAUUUAAAUGUUUUACUGAAAUUGCUCAAGGAAAAUCCUGUUAUCUUAAAAGAUAUUGGCUGGGAUUUGCCGAAGGGUUUAUUGCAAUUUUUUUCAGGUACGAACAUUAAUACUACGAAACAUCUAGCUUUCAGUCCCAUCAUUUCCUGUGUAAUGAAUUGUUUCAGCGAGCUAGCUAUAAAUGGAAAUCCGAAGGAAUGCCUCUUGACUGCGUGCGAAUUGAUGUCAACCCUCACUGUAGCGUCGACCGCAAUGAGCGAUACCGCUGAACCGAAUGAAGAUUUAGUUGAUACUGACAAAAAUGAAACAACAGAUAGUACUAAUGAGCUGUCAGUUGCCCAUCCGGAUUUUGAAAAGUAUAUGGUCAAAAAUAAAGUAGACUUUAUUCCUAAUUUGAAAGUUCACGUUCUCUUUGAAUUUAUGAGUUCGUUGUUGAAACGAAUUGACACUUUAUAUCCGUCUAAAUUCCUGGCCAUGACAAUUUCUGCGAUUAUUAAAUACGUAAAAACUAAUAUCGGUGCUAUGGAUGAUGUGCAUUUUAUUCUGUACAGAGUGUACAAUUUCUGUACAACUUAUACUCCAGCUCAACCAUCACCGAUUCUUACCGACAGUAUUGAUGGAGUCGAUCUUCAAAAAAUCUGCGAUGACGAAUCGGUUCUACAGAAGAAGGCUCUUGCUACUUUGAGUGUACUCAUGAUCGACAGUUGUUUGAAGAACAAACCAGGUAAUAUUGAUAAGAAGUAUUUCAAAGCGUUGAUGCGUCAAAAAUUAGAUGAAAAUGAGGAAGAUGCUUUAAUUCUAAAUACGUGCGAUCAAUACUAUGACUAUGUUAUGUCAUUGGGAGUUAAUAUAAAAGAACUUUUUGAGAAGUGCUUAGAAGAGUCUGAGCAUAUCUAUGAUUCUCUUCUCUUGGGGCCGGCGACGUCUACACCCGAAUUUAAAGAAAACAUCAACCAACUAAUAUAUGUGUUAUCUUACACAUAUCAAAUUAAAAAGCUAGCCGAAGAAAAAAAUCUAGAGCUCAAUCAGUACGGAUUAGUGAUACUAUCUGCAAUAUAUUACUCUAAAAAUGGUACACACUUGCUGUCACAACUUGAUGUGCAAAGUGCAAUUUACUUAUAUCUACGAUGUACAACAGCUUCGUUGUUUUCGGACAUGUACGAGAAUAAAUUCCUAGAAAGUGCAGUACGCUAUUGGCUGUGGAUAUCCAUAACAAGGACUUCCACGAAGAAAAUAAAAUUCGAGCUACAGAAACUUCCAGGGCACAUUACUACGGCUUUUUUACAAAUGCUAUUGAUAAAAACUUGCAAUGAAUCAGAUAACGACACAAAAUUAACGGAGUUUACGCUUCUGAGAAGGAUGUUAUGUCUCAUGCCUGAAAAUACAUCAUUCACGUUCAUGUUCGAGACGCUACUACAUUGCCCAUAUAUAACGGUAAAAAUUGCUGUUCUUGACAUUCUAAGAGAUAUGAUGAUCAAAUCUCCGGAGGCCUGCAAUAACGGCGAAUUGACUAAUUCGUUUGAACAACAUAUAUCUACAAAUACUGCUAAUAAUGUCCCGACAUUGCCAAAACUACCCCCAAGACCUUAUAUCGCCAUUAAUGAAGACCGCAUGGCUUCCAUCCAUAGUAUUGCUGAGAUAUGCUUCUCCGCUGCCAAGCGGGGAAAAAGAACGCAAGGUGAUCUACUUUUAGUGUUAACAUAUAUGAAGUUUUUUGUUAGUCUGAGAAACAAAUGGAAUUUGGGACUGCUAACACUCAUUAAUAAAAAAAUCGCAGAAUCGUUCCAGGGAGAAGGCGAACCUGAAUUAGUAUUCAUCAACAUUGCCAACGAUACUUUAGGAGCAUAUAUAGAAGAAAUGAGCAAACCCUCAUAG